UGAGCCAGAGGGGAGGGGGCCGCGGGUUUUCAUGUACCCAGCAUGAGCUCCUACUUCGUCAACCCCCUGUUCUCCAAAUACAAAGGCGGCGAGUCCCUGGAACCGGCCUAUUACGACUGCCGGUUCCCUCAGAGUGUGGGCAGGAGCCAUGCGCUGGUGUACGGGCCCGGCGGCUCGGCGCCCGGCUUCCAGCACGCCUCGCACCACGUCCAAGACUUCUUCCACCACGGCACCUCCGGCAUCUCCAACUCGGGCUACCAGCAGAACCCGUGCUCGCUUAGCUGCCACGGAGACGCCUCCAAAUUCUAUGGCUACGAGGCGCUCCCCAGACAGUCCCUUUAUGGGGCUCAGCAAGAGGCGAGCGUGGUGCAAUAUCCCGACUGUAAAUCCUCCGCCAACACUAACAGUAGCGAAGGACAAGGCCACUUAAAUCAAAACUCGUCUCCCAGCCUCAUGUUUCCAUGGAUGAGACCCCACGCUCCGGGGCGGCGCAGCGGUCGGCAAACUUACAGCCGGUAUCAGACCUUGGAACUAGAAAAGGAGUUUCUCUUUAAUCCUUAUUUGACACGAAAGCGCCGGAUUGAAGUCUCUCACGCCCUGGGACUGACCGAGAGACAAGUGAAGAUCUGGUUCCAGAACCGAAGAAUGAAGUGGAAAAAGGAGAACAACAAGGAUAAACUGCCUGGGGCCCGAGAUGAGGAGAAGGUGGAGGAAGAAGGAAAUGAGGAAGAGGAGAAAGAGGAGGAGGAAAAGGAAGAAAACAAGGACUAAGCAAAAAAGAGAAAAAGAAAAAGAAAAAUUCCCUCCUUUUAGCAACUCCCUUGAAGUUUCGUUUUAUGGUAGCAGAUAAAUUGAGAAGUUUACGACUGUCAUUUGCUUUUAUAGAGAAUAGAAUGACACUCACAACUCUAACUACCUGUCAGAUACUUGCAGCUCUGGUUUUAUUACCUUUGGACUCCCCCUCCUCUUUAUUUGUUUGGGGGCUGGAGGGGGGAGAUCCAGACGCAGCAAAAAGUUUGGACUCUCUGUCCCACUCCUUGCCCUAACACACACACUUGUCCCUACUCCCACCUUCUGAGUCCUUCCUGAAUUUUAAGGUCUAUGACUUGGCCUUCUUACCCCCUCUUUCUGCCCUUUCUCACCAUACUUCCACUUCCCUGUUUCUCUGGUAUUUAUUUUAGAGGGGAACCCCCCCAAAAAAAUGCAGAAGAGGACUCCUGGCUUUGCUUUUAUGCUAGGAUUAGUGUACUAGAUUUACUUUAAAAAAGGAAAGGAAAGGAAUAGUUAUAAAAGGAAGGAAAGGAAAAUAAAUGAAAAAAAAAUUUUAAAGAAACAGGAAAAGAUAGCAAGGAAUAUUCCUUCCCCCUCCUUGAGGCUCCCUACUUAGAAAACUCCCUUGACUUUCUCUAGGAACCUGAUGGAAACCUGAAGGAGAUGUGGGUCUCUUCCCUCCUCCCUUUCUAAGGGGUCACUAGAGGCCUAUGGUCACCUCUGAAAUCCUACCUAGCCAUCCCAUGGUCACUCAGGCCCAUGCCUUCCUUGCCUUCGCUAUUUGAUUUCUGUUCUUUUGGGCCCGGCUUCCUCUGAGCUGCAGCAGUGCUAGCGCUCAGAAAUCACCAUAAUCAUGAAAAUAAUAAUAACAAUAAUAGUAAUACUGACAAUAAAUCUUUAACAUACUACCUAAAGGGAACCUGCAAUAACCUUGAAAAAUAAAAUUUAAAAAUCCUACUAUAGGAAAAAAAAAGAGAAAAAAAUUAAAACUAAAAAAAAAAAAAAAAGAAAGAAAGAAACCUCCAACGUAUUUUAUCACUACCUAUAGAAAGAAAUCCUGCUUUGAGAGUAUUCGUAAUGCGGUUUUGUUGUCGUUUGUUGCUGCUUAUUUCACUAAGAAGAACCCAACAACUAAGACUGCCUAGCCCGCCCGUCCUGUGCGCUUUUAUUGUGCUUCUAACCCCAGUAGAGUAGAACUAAAUUGCACUGAAUGUAUAGUUAACUCUGUCUUGAAUUCUCUGUUUAUGCAACAUGCUCGAAAGAAAAAACGUUAAAAAUAUAUCUAUAAUAAUAAUUUUUGGUCAUUUGUCUUUAUGUCCAGCUAUGAAUGUAGAUUUUGUGUCCCGACAGCCCUGUUCCUGGUCCAAGUACUUUGUAUUGUAUACGUGAGUCAUAAUAAAAAAAAAAAAAGGAGAAAAUAUUUGAAGCUGAAAUGACUUGCUUUUUCUUCACAGUUCUUCCCCCAUUCUCUACUCCCUCCCUCCUUAUUCUCCUUUCCUAACACUCUGGGAAAGAUUUCCACUGAUUUGACUUUGGGAUGGGGGAACUUGCUUGGGGAAAAGUGUAAGAAUGGAGAGAAUAGAUUGGGCUGAAAGGGCAGGUGACUGGUGUCCAGGGUGAGAGGAGGAGGAAGAAGAACAGUUCACUAGUAGAAAGAAGAAGGGGUACAUCAGUAUGCUCUUGAGUAUGCUCCAAAGUGGGUUUCUAGGUGUUAGGACCCCAAUGGGAAGAAAGAUCUCAGUCAUUCACCUUUCUCCUCCUCAGCUAUAGCCUGGGCCCAGACAAAGAAUCUGUUCCAUGCCCCUCCCAUGGAUAUGUCUUUUUUUUCCCCCCAGGAGCUAGGGCUGAGGAUGAGGCAGUGAGGUUCUUUCUGAUCUUCACAUGUCCUUUGCAGCCAGUCCCUGGCACCCAUCACCCAGCACUGGAAUAGUGAACAGGGUGGGGGAAGUGUGAGGCUCAGGGCAGCUGACCUGUCAGAAGGGCUUGAAGGGCAAGAUGCCUAAAGAGAGGCUGCUAAGUGUGGGGGAUAAGGAUGUUUCAGUCUGGGAGAGAUGAGAGGGGAAGAAGAAAUGGAUGAGCUGGUAGAUCAACCAGCUUGGGUCCACAUUCUAGAAUCCAAAUUCAGUCAGCACAGGGUCAUCACUGUCACUCAGCCCUCUUACGUUCACUCCACCUCUCUUCUGGCUGUUUCAAGCCAGCUCCAGGCUUCACCUUGGCAAUUGGGCAGCUUUCUGGGCCCCCGUAGUGUACCCCUUGGCCUGGGGGGAUGGAGCUACUCAGUGGACAGUCCUCCACCCCAACCACUGCAGGAUAAGGAGAGUCUCCAUUGGAAUCUCCAUUUCCUAAAAUAAAGAGUUGAAGGCUUAGGGACCCAGGGGGCAAAAGAGUCUCUCUCUUCUCUCUGGAGGGUCCUAAACUGAGAAGUCUGUUUAUGCCAAUAAGAUUCUGGUCAAAUAAUCCCAAAUUCCAGAGAUGCAAAACUUCUGACUCAGUCAGGAGGUGGGGGAGAGAUAGGGAGGGAAGAGGAUCUUCUUGUCUUCCAUACCAGACCCCCAAAGACUGAAAUAUUUUUGAGGCCAGCUAUCCCUGUCUCACACACCCACCCCUUUCCCCUGGUCAAUGAUUUUCACAGAUCUAGGUUGAGGCCAAAUCUUUGGUUGCUUUACUGGAGUCCCCGUCCUUGACUCCUAGGAAAAGUGGUCCUGAGUACAGGGUUGGGUCAAGCCAUGUUCAUAGGGGACUCCUGCCUGGAGACAGGCUUCGGCUUCGGGUUGGAAGCACAGGCUGCGGUGCAGCUGGUGACAGCUUUAAGCAGAAGCUCCGGGGAAAAUCUGCCCCAACCUGGGGUUCCUACUGCGAGUUGAGGAGCCAGCCAGGUAACCCCAUUUGCUGCAGGGGACACCGGCUACUACCUAGGGAGGCCCGAAUAGAGGGCAUUUUGCUCCGGAUCGCAGGCCUUCCCAUAGGCGUCCCCUCCGUACUCCCAAGGAUGGCUGAGGGCUGUUUCAUUUUUAAACGUGGAAUUAUGAUUGUUAUUAAUAAAAAUGUCUGGCCCAGUAGCCAAACGGGAUGAGCCCUGCAUUAAGUCACUCCGAAGGGCCUUGCCGCAUUUUCCCCACACCAAAUGCCCCAUUCAUCCCUGGCUCUGUGUUCUGCAACGUCCGUGGCCCCAAGCCUGUCGCGUCGGAGGGCGGGGUGUGUCUGGCGCCCGGUUUCACUCAAAAAGUCGGGCAACUAGAGGGUCAGACCCCGGGAGCCCUAGCCGGCCCCUCAUGCAGCACUCGUUCCCCACUCCUCCUGCCCACCGCCUCUGUUUUCUCGUUUGGAAAGAAAAGGAGGUAAAAACCGUUUUAUGGGGGAACCGUAAUUGCGAGCGGGAUGCUCUCUCUUUAGAAACGCGUCCUCCCAAAUGCUCCCGCCAUCCUAUUACCGGAAUGGGGACCAUUCGGCUGCUGCAGAUAGGACUUUCUCCCAUUCUUUACUUUUUUUAUUAGCCAAUCAAAGUGGCUUCCGAAAGCUAUUUGUGAUUUGUGAAAAAUAGUAUCUUUCAAAAUGCUGAGUUGAAGCAUCUCGCUCAUUUCGCCUUGAAUUUAUUAUUCUAAUCUCAACAGUAGAGACAGGAUAAUGUAGCUAUUAAGUUGGGGGGCAAAUUCGUUUCUCUGGAUUAAAAAAAAAUUCUCUCGACAUUUUCUUUCCCUCCCCACUACCUUAUUGCAGAAGCCAAGGGAGGUGCGGCCUUGGAGAAAUCAGGGGAACCACGGGAUUUAGUGAGCACCCUGAAAGACCUUUUGGGGGAUCCUUUAGUGGGAGGGUGAGAUUGGCCUCCCAGUCUUAUCUUCCUUAAAUUAGAUGCCCCACCGUCUGCCUGCCUGGUGGUUGGGAAAGUUACCCCCAGCCCCAAUUAAAGAGAACUCAGGACAGGUUGUGCCACAGACUAGAGGUAAAAUUUCCUGUGAACUGCCCGCAGCGCUAUCCCAUUCUCCAGGCUGCCCAUUGUGAGAAGCCAGGCCAGUGCUUCCUCCUCGUAAUUUUUAACUACCUGUUAUAAAAUUUAUGGGUGGGUUUGUAAAAAGAAACGAGGUCUCUGCAUCCGGCUGAGGCUGAGGGAACUGCUUUGCUUACUGUGGGGGAAGCUUUAGGAAGGGACGCAGGAUUCCCUGUUGGUUGGGGUGGGGACACCCAGCCACUGAGAUUCCCAUGUCAGUUCCUUGCUAGACCAAGGGGAAAGCUGCUGGCCUUCAAAUCUCCAGUCAUUGGAGAGAGGUAGCUAGGCUGCAAUGCAGCAGAAUUUGGUCUAUAUGGGGGAAUUUAUUCUGGAUUUCCCACAUUAGGGUGGACCACCAAAUUUAGAGAUCUGGAGAAAUGGGUGAUUGGAAUUUUAGUAUCAAAGGUAGAAUUCAGGGCAGUAAAAUGUUUCUCUUUCAAGGCCUCAGAAGCACCUCCCAGCUGCUAGGAUACAGAACCAGAUUUUUUUUUUUUUCUGAAAAAGGCAGAUGGGUGUGGGCAAACUGACAAAAUUGAAAAGGCUUAAAUUUGCUUUGCACCUCAAAAAAAAAAAAAAAAAAAAGGAAAUGGGGACCAAGAUCUUAGGCUUUGAUUUUGAUGUUAACUCUAAAAUGUUUGUGAUUAAGCUGCUAUUGAGGACCUAGGAAAUGAGGAGACCAGAUGUUAGGGAUGGUCUUGGGGGGAAAUGUCAUUCUGUCUCAGACAUGGACAUGGAGAUGGAGAUGAGGGUUACUUUGAGAGUUCUGAAGCCCCAAACUCUCACCUCUCCUGCUGCUUUCCUAAGACUGUCCAGGGCUGGUCUAGCCCUCUAGGCUCUUUAGAGGACAUCCAGGGCAGGCUUGGUUGGGAGACUGUCAGUGGCCUGGGAACUACUGUUCUUGUCAGGGGUGGAGUGGGAGUUUGUGAGGGAACCCCAGUAAGAAUGAUGUCGGUCUCAUCCUAGAAAAAAUGGUAAGGUUAGGGAGGGUAUGCUUGUUCAGUUCCUUACCCUUACCAACCCUCACUGCCUCAAGGCUACAAAUCUUUGCGAAGCUUUGAUUCCCCCAGAUCCAACCUUAUUACCUCCAUUUAUUAAGGAAAAUAUUAAAACUCGGCACAGCAGGAGGAGGCAGCAGACCCCCAGCUUCGAACC